UUUGCUCGGCUAUAUCGCGAAGACCAUGAGAAUCUGAAUGUUUAUACUGCGUGCGGCUACUUUUGCUCUCAGGAUACCGCCAAUUCUAGUGUUAAAAGUGCCCGAUUAUCUCCGAUAAAUAAGUUUGAACCGUCCUGACCGACAAAUAAAUUCAGUUCCAACUAAUGUUUUGUGUUGUGCGAUUUAUUGAUCCGAGUAUACGUCCUUCCUUGUUUUGAAUGAUCGCCGUUUUUGAGAAUUACCUCAUAUCAACUGACAUCGUAGUGAUUCAUGAUGGGUGAAAAUAGUUCAAUAAUCUGUUAUUGAUUUGACCAAGAUGCUUCUCAAUGGUUUGGGCGAUUCCACAGAAAUGGAUUCUUCAGUGGAAAACCAUGAUUUACUGGAAGCUGAAAGUCUCGGGAUCGUAGGGAGAGUAGCAGAAUUGGAAAAGAAAGUUCUGGAACAAGGAGAGGAGUUGCUGUACCUUAAAUCCACAUUGGCGGAGGCCCUAAAGAGAUUGGCACUGAUUGAAGGAACUAAAUCACCUAAUCAGAAUUCAACCUCCAAUGUGCUUCCUACCAUUAUAUCGAAGGAUAGCUUCAGGCUUCGAAAUACAGAUUUUUCAUCACCUCAUGGUUUGGAUAAUAACAGAUCUAGACUACCAUCUGCAGAUUCUCCUCGUAGGGUUUACAACUCAUGUCUUCCAAGAAGAGCAGUCCAUUAUCAGUCCACAGGAAGCCUACAUAGUGAUAGUCAGAGUUCCAGUAGCGUCUCACCUAUACCUUCACCGUCUCCAUCAAUACCUAUACAGUCCAAAAAAGUAUCUUUAAUUACUCGACCUAAUACAGCAGGCAAGACCACCUUGAACGGUAGUCAGCUGCAUAAAAGAUGGAGUUCGACAGGAGAUUUCAAUCAGAAUUCGACUGCUUCACCAGCAGGAUUGCAAUCAAAGUUUUCUAAUAAAUCUUUAUUGAAUCUGUAUACAAAGAGUAACCAGUAUCCGAGUCCAAUGAAGCAUGGGCCCAGAGAAGUCACGUACAAUGAUGAGUUCAACUGUUUAACGAUGUACCUGAAAAGCAGGCAGAUCAAUCUGUAUCCACCCUCAGAUCUAUCGGACAACUUCAAGCUUACGAAAGUUAACACAGCUCCACAACAGAGACUCAAGUUAGAUUGGGUUUAUGGCUAUAGAGGAAAAGACUGCAGAUCGAAUUUAUAUUCUCUACCCACUGGGGAAAUUAUUUAUUUUGUUGCGUGUGUUGUUGUAUUAUAUAAUGUUGAAGAACAAUGUCAGAGACACUAUGUUGGCCACACGGAUGAGAUCAAAAGCUUAGCAAUUCAUCCAAAUAAAAUGUUAGUAGCAACAGGACAGUGUGGCAGCCAUGAAAGAAGAGAUUCUAGUCCUCAUGUAAGAAUUUGGAAUUCCAUAUCCUUACAUACCCAAUUCGUCAUAGGAAUAAAUUAUUUUGAGGUGUCUGUGUGCUGCCUCUCGUUCAGUAAAGCCGAUGGCGGUUCUUAUUUGGUGGCAGUUGAUGAUGUUUCAGACCAUAUCAUCUCGGUAUGGGAUUGGCAGAAAGGAGAUAAUGGAUACAGAAUAACGGAAACUAAGUGUUCUGUUGAUACUAUAAUUUCUGUCGAUUUCCACCCGUUAGAGCGUGAUGUGAUAGUGACUGCUGGAAAAUCUCAUAUUGCCUUCUGGUCGCUGGAUGUAAAUGAUGUUUUACAUAAGAGACUGGGUUUGUUUGAAUCCAGAGAUAAGCCAAAGUAUGUCACUAGUGUAGCUUUCUUGCAGACUGGUGAAACUAUAAGUGGAGAUUCAAAUGGUAACUUGGCUAUAUGGGGCCGAGGUACAAAUACUAUCUUAAAACUUUCCAAAAAUGUUCAUGAUGGUGCCAUCUUCUCAAUAUGCGUUUCUAAAGACGGAUGUAUCAUUACUGGAGGGGGUAAAGAUGGAAGAAUAGUAAAAUUCGAUUCAAGAUUGCAGAAAUUAGGAUACGACAAUCAGAUCGAGUUUCACUUUGGCGGUAUAAGAGUAAUAUCUGAAGGAUGGAGUUCUAAGCUACUUAUUGGUACAACCAAAAACUGCAUACUGUAUGGUACGUGUGAAACAGGUUUCCAACCCAUAAUUUUGGGACACACCGAUGAACUGAAGGGACUAGCCUCACAUCCUAGCUUACCACAUUUUGUAACUGCUGGCCAUGAUAAAGUACUUCAGCUGUGGGAUUCCAUGUCGCAUAGUAUUUUAUGGAGUAAGGAUAUUGGAGAACAAGUACAUUCCCUAUGCUUUUCACCAAAUGGCAUUUAUAUAUUUGCUGGUUGCUCUUCUGGUCGAUGGAUGGUUUUCCAUUCGCAGACGAGAGAGAUGCUGUGGAGAAGCAACGAUGGCAAUGAAAUUAUCACUGUGAUCCAAUUUUCACCAAAUGGAAAACUUUUCGCUCUGGGUUCCCACGAUAAUAAUAUUUACAUAUAUCAAGUAACCGAUGGAGGGUUGAAAUACAGCAGAAUUGGAAGAUGUACGGGUCACGCAAGUCCUGUUUGUUUUCUGGACUGGGGAAGUGAUAAUGCAACCCUCAGAAGCAACUCGGUGGAUUAUGAAGUACUCCAUUGGAAUACAAGUACAUGUCGACAGAUAACUCAAGUGUCAGAUUUCCGUGACACUAAAUGGGCCACGAACAAUUGUACAGUCACGUUCAAUACAGUAGGAGUAUGGCCCGAAAAUGCAGAUGGAACUACCAAUUGUUGCGAUCAUAGCCACGACCAAGAAUUGUUGGUAACAGGAGAUGAUUGUGGCAAGGUCAAGCUGUAUAACUACCCUGCCAAUCAACCUAAGUCUUUAUGUCAUACCUACGGUGGCCAUAGCAGCCACAUAGCAGGGGUGAGAUUUCUACAUGAGGAUAACAGAAUAGUAUCCAUUGGAGGAAGAGAUACAGCAGUUUUCCAAUGGACCGUCUCUUAAAUUUGUCUUGUUUUUCUUGUAUUUGUGCCGUUGUUAUCACGUUCUUCAAAGAUUGUUAUGCUGCUUCGAAUGUGUUUUAUAUUCUCUCAUUGAAAAUGUUUCUAAAUAAUUGAAUAAAGUUUAUUUUUAAGUA